AUGGCGGGCUCCAUCCAGCAGUUUAUCACGACGGCCAAGGCGCGUCCGCCCAAGCUGAUCCGCGACUACCUGUCGCCGACAAACUCCCACCUCCUCAGCCUCCUGCUCGCCGACGUUCUGCCGCCGUCGUGCUACCCGUACCCGCUCUCGUCGGCGUCGCCCAACCCCACCAAUUCCACGGGGCCGUCGCCGCACCUCGCCGGCUCGUCGAGCCUCCCACCGCUGCCGCAGUCGCCGCCCUGGGGCAAGCCGUUGCCGCUGGGCCACCACCUGGUGUAUUUCCCGCUACAGGCGCGGCCGACGGAGCUAGCAUGGGACGGGGCGGACAACGACCACGCGCCGGGGAGCCCCAAGGAGAAGCCCGACUACUCGGUCUCUCUGACGCCGUCGUCCUCGCUCCUCUUUGGCUUCUCGGCGCUCACGUACAACGCGCACCGCAUCCACAUCGACCCAGAGUACGCCCGGUCCGAGGGCCACCGCGCCAUGCUCUUCCACGGGCCGUUUAGCGUCGUCGUGCUGCUGACGGUGCUCAACUCCCAGCUGGCCCCCGGCGAGAGCGUCGACGCCUACGACUACCGCAACUUUAGGCCCCUCUACGUCGACGAGAAGCUGACCGUCUGCGUCAGGAGGAUCGAGGGCGGGCCGGGCCGGGGUCCCCGGGGAGCUGGGACAUUUGGAUCGAGGGUGCGGAUGGGGGAUUUCGGUCCGGGGCACGGCGUACAACACCGUCGAGACCGUCGCCUUUGCUUCGGUCUCACCCCUCGCCGCGCGGCCGCCUACUUUGAGAAAUACUCGCCCGUGGAUUUCGUGACGAAAACGCGCCGCCCGCCCGCCUCCAUCGCCGAGUGCUUGAUCAUGUUCGCCAAGGUGCGCGAUGAGAUGCUUGCCGUGGCCGAGUUGCCGCUGCCUGCUACGCCGUGGCUCGAGCCUGAUGUGCCUGGCGCGCAGGCGAGGAAGAAAAAGAAAGAGGAAGAGGUUAGCAAUGCGAUGGCAGCCAGACAUCAAGGCAAAGACCAGGGGAGGGGGCUGGAGGCCACCAAGAACCAGGGCAACAAGGCCACGCAGAACGACAAAAACGGCCAGGACAAGAAAAACGUUUGGAACAACUGGAACAAGAAGAACAACACAAGCAACAUGAACGGUAAUGCUAGGAACAGCCAAACUGCUCAGAACCACGACCGCUCCAAGGCAAACGGCACCGCCGACGUCGCGAACCCCAACAACACCAAUGCCAAGAGCAAGACCGACGCCGAAGCUUACCCAAGUCCCGACCAAAUCCUCUCCAGGCGCCUAGAGCUCCUCGGCAUCGCCGGCCCCGCCCGCUACAGCAUUACCCUCAAGCUCGCCCGCAGCGCCGGCACCAAGACCCUGCGCGACGUCCUCAUCUACUUCAGCGCCUUUCGGUGGGAGUACCUGACCAGCAUCUCGCUGCGCGCCGGCCGCGUCAUCGCGCACGCCCGCAACUACGGCGGCAAGGAGCUCAUCCAGCACGUAGACAGCAUCGGCAACGCCGCCGGUAUCACCGGCAGCGAUUGGCCGUGGAUCGUCGGAGACUGGAAGCAGGAGAUGGGGUCCAGGCUGAGAAAUCCCGGCGCUCCUCGAGGUCAUGAAGCGGACAAAGUAUCGCUCCCCGCCGAGGGCGCCGCUCAAGAGGAAGAGACUACGGCUCCCGGCACCGGUACUGCCACCGACCCACUUGACCAGCCAGGCCGCAACGCCAAUCUCGCCAAGUUUGAGUCCAGCUACGUAGCUCGCAUCUUUAGCCCGCGCCAGCCGCCUGCCAACCUGCCGCCUCCCCGCCACCACCUCUGGCCCUUCCGCCCCCGCCGGCCGUGGUACAGCGACCACUCCUCCCCACGGCGGCUCCUUUCCAGCCCGCAGCCUCAGCCGUCGCCCAGCCGGGAAGCAAGCGGUCGGAGCAGCGAUCAAGGCGCGGCAAGCCGACCGGGCCCCGCGGCGCUCCUGCUCAGCGCUCUGGGGGUUUAG